GGGGAGUGAGGACCCCCGUGGGGGUUUGGGCCGGUCCAUCUGCCAGGUCAGCGAGCGAAUGAGUGCCAGGUGGAUCGUCGUCGACGACGGGACGUAGGAUUCCCCGGAACCUUGUCGCGGCCACGUGGAGAAGUUGGAGAGGCAAGCGCAUUCCUUGGUGGUUGAUUGAUCGAUUGAUCGAUCGAUUGAUUGAUUGAUUGAUUGAUUGGUCGCGGCUAUGUCGACGUUGGAGAUAGAGGCGCGGGAUGUCAUCAAGAUCAUCCUCCAGUUUUGCAAGGAAAACUCACUUCAUCAGACGUUCCGAACGCUGCAGAAUGAGUGCCAGGUGUCGUUGAACACAGUAGAUAGCCUGGAGACCUUCGUCCUCGACAUCACCAACGGUAGAUGGGACGUUGUUUUACCCCAAGUGGCGCAAUUAAAACUGCCGAGGAAAAAGCUGGAGGACCUAUACGAACAGAUCGUUCUGGAGAUGAUUGAGCUUCGCGAGCUGGACACGGCGAGAGCGAUCCUGAGGCAAACACAGGCGAUGGACAUGAUGAAACAAGAGCAGCCAGAAAGAUACCUACGGCUGGAGCACUUGUUGAUCCGAACGUACUUCGAUCCCAGGGAGGCUUAUCAGGAAUCAUCGAAGGAGAAGCGGCGGGCUCAGAUCGCGCAAUCUUUGUCUCAAGAAGUCACUGUCGUCCCGCCUUCGCGUCUUAUGGCCUUGAUUGGACAGUCGUUGAAAUGGCAGCAGCAUCAGGGAAUGCUGCCGCCGGGCACGCAGUUCGAUCUGUUCAGAGGAGCGGCGCCUGUCAAGGUGGAGGAGGAGGAAACCUACCCCACACAGCUCGUUCACACCAUCAAGUUCGGCAAAAAGAGUCAUCCUGAAUGUGCCCGAUUUUCCCCCGACGGGCAGUACCUCGUCUCCUCCUCGGUGGAUGGGUUCAUCGAGGUGUGGGAUUACCUCAGCGGCAAGAUGAAGAAGGACCUGCAGUAUCAGUCCGACGACGCGUUCAUGAUGCACGACGACGCCGUGCUGUGCCUCUGUUUCAGUCGCGACAGCGAGCUCAUCGCGUCGGGAUCUCAGGACGGCAAGAUCAAGGUCUGGCGAAUCAGAACCGGACAAUGCCUGCGCCGAUUCGAGAAGGCGCACUCUCAAGGCGUGACGAGUCUGGUGUUCUCGCGGGACAGCAGCCAGCUGCUAACUACCUCCUUCGACUCCACCGUCCGAUUGCACGGACUGAAGUCUGGGAAGAUGCUGAAGGAAUUCAGGGGCCACACUUCGUAUGUCAACGAUGCCAUCUUUACUAGCGAUGGCGGGCGUUUGAUCAGCGCUUCCAGCGACGGCACUGUCAAGGUGUGGGACGUGAAGACCAGCGAAUGUGUCCACACCUUCCGCCCUCCGCAGUCGCUGCGUGGCGCCGAAGUAAGUGUCAAUUCUGUGUUUUUGAUGCCCAAGAACCUGGACCACGUCAUCGUCUGUAAUAGGUCGUCGUCGGUGUUCAUUAUGACAAUGCAAGGGCAGGUUGUGAAGAGUUUUUCGUCAGGGAAAAGAGAGGGAGGCGACUUCCUCGCCGCUUGUGUCUCUCCCAAAGGCGAUUGGAUCUUUUGCUUAGGAGAAGAUGGCAUGCUUUAUUGCUUCAGUACCCAAACCAAUAAACUCGAGCACCUUAUGAAGGUGCACGAAAAAGAUGUGAUAGGACUCGCUCAUCAUCCGCACCGCAACCUAUUGGGGACCUAUGGCGAAGACAGCACGCUCAAGCUCUGGAAACCCUAAAAUUUUUCGUAUGCGCUUUUCGUUUCUCUACUUUUCACUUUUUUUUUUUUUUUUUUUUUUGAUUUACUUUUGUUUUGCUU